AUGAGAUAAUGCUUUCCAUUUUUAAACAAAUGCCAUUACAAGUACAGAUGGGGUGUACUAGGAUUUUGUAUAUGGCUUGUAUUGGGAGCAUUUUAUUGUUUUGACAUUCCAACUUCCUUACAUAAUACAUUAUAAACACAUUUUGCUGAUAUAAUGACAGCUGAGGCUUUUGAACUUUAUUAUGGUGGUUUAUAUAGUUUAUAUUCAUUUGCAAAUAUAUUUCUUCCAUUUAUUAGCGGAAGUAUGAUAUAGUUUUUAUUUAGAAAUUAGGGAUUAAAAGGGUGACAGAAUAGUAUUAAUUCUUAUGGUGAUUUUAGUAAUGAUAGGAUAAUCAAUAUUUGUAUAUGGAGUUCAUCAAAAAAGCUUUAUGGUUAUGUAUUUAGGUAGAAUUAUUUCAGGUUGGGGUAUAGAAUCUGUAGUUCCAACCUAAACUUCAUUUAUUUCUCCAUAUUUUAAGGAUGAUUAUCUGGUAUAAUCCAUUUGUAUUUUAGGGUUUUGCAGUUGGUUUAAAUGAAUUUUUUGCAACUUUAGGAUCUAUAUUAACAAUGUAUUUAUGCCCAAAAUUGGCUUUAGAAUAUGGUUUAUUAGUAGCAGUAUCAAGUGGAAUAUUUUUUAAUUCAUUUAGUUUAAUAUGCGGAAUAAUUACUGUAAUGUUAGAUAAACAUGCAGAGAAACAUCUUUUAGAUUAAGUGAAUUAUGAUUAAGUUAAAUAUUCUGUUUUAAGAACUUCAGAAAAUCGUAGUCCAAGAUAGAGUAAAGAGAAUAAUAAAUGUGUUAUAAAUAAUGAUAUAUAAUAAGAGAAUAUAAUAGAAGUAGAAUAAUAGAAUGAAUAAUAAAAUUAAAAUGGAGAAGAUGGUUAGAUUAUAUCUUAACCUGAUGUAGUCUAAGCUAUUGAAAUGUUUCCAAAAAUAUUUUGGCUUGUUAGUUGGUGUUAUGCAUUAAUAUAUAGUUCAGUAUUAGGAUUCAUAAAUAUUUCNUAAAUGAUUAGUAAAGAAAAACUUAUUGAUAAAAUAAAAUUUAAUUUAUGA